AUGUCGGCAGACUUGUUCGCAGAGUUCGGAUAUGCAGCAUCUGCUAGCCAGCCUUCACAAGCUGCAUGUCAGCAAGCAGUUUUAACUCAGGAUGCAACACUGGUACCCGGCCUGGAUUCAUUCGAAGACGCUACACCGUCCCAACUCUCUCCUCGCCAUCCGCACGAGCUCAAGCAGCCGUCAUCCCAGCCAAGCUUCCAGAAUCAGCUCAAGCAAUUAGACGAUUUCGGAGAUUUUGAGCUACCACAGGGCGGGAAUAAUAAUGAUGUGCUCUUCGACGCCACCCUCGAGAGGUGUUCGGAUAACGGCAGCGAUGAUUGGGGUGAUUUUGAGUCCGCAGAAGUUACUGUUGGGCAACUCGCCCAAAAUCCGACUUCCGAGUCAGUUAAGAGUGAAAAAGCUGUGAGCAAGCCGGUGCCCAAGGCUCCACCAAACCACAAUUCAGCUUCACGAUCGUUAGGAACACCGGAUCUCUUGGGGCCCAUGGAAUCAAUUACAAUACAGAACAAGCCGAUGGCUAGUGGUCAUCAAGGCAAUAAAAAGCCUGGGGGUACAAUAAAUCGCAGUAACGUACAGUACACCAAACCAAGACUGCCCGUGGAAGACGAACCCUUCGAAGACUGGGGAGAUUUCUCUGAUGGACCUACGGAGGCUAGUCAAAACUCCAACUUGGAGGUCCCUGAGUCCCAAGUCUCCGGCAAGAGGAAAAACUUGGCGCAGCCAUCAAAAGCCACUGCAAGCCUAAGAGCGCAGACUAGCAAACAGUCGUCAUCGACGGUACAAGUUCGCCCAACGAAUAUUCCACCUCCGUCGAUUUUAUUAGAGCUAUUUCCUCAGCUUUUUGAGCGCCUGCGCCAAGAGGGCACCAAAGCGAAGAGAAAUCUGCAACAGAAGGAUACUCUAAAUUCAAUAGCUGAGUCUAUCACUUGCACUCUAAAGACUGUUGCGAGGAUUGUUGCAGGCCGGACUCUACGAUGGAAAAGGGAUUCAAUACUGAGUCAGAGUAUGCGAAUCGGCCCCGCGCGUUCGGGCAAAGCAGGGGGGAUGAAAUUAAGCAGUGUCAAUAGGAAUGAAGACAUCAAGGAGCAACAAGAGGCCGUGGAUAUCAUUAACAUGUGGCGGGAUCGUGCUUCCUUAUUCAACUCCGUCGUUCAGGCAGCAGGGAGGCGACCAGUGCAGGUUAUCCCCAACAACACUCGUGUCAUAAUCGCUACAGCCAGUCAGGGAGCCUUAAAGGCCCCACACGCGUGUGCCCUUUGUGGACUAAAAAGGGACGAAAGGAUACCGAAGGUGGACGAGAACGUGGAGGAUAGCUUUGGCGAGUGGUGGACAGAACAUUGGGGUCAUACUGAAUGCAGACAAUUCUGGGAGGACAACAAGGGUUCUCUCGGGCAGCGAUGAAUACUAAUUCACUGUUCUAGUUGCCCUGGCUAUUCUGGUUCAAGUCGGUCCUCCCUUCAAAUUGCGCGAUGCAGACUAUUCAAGAGAUAUUCGGCCGCCAAAC